GGCGCAGGCAGGGGCACUUCCUGGAGACGAGCCGGGGGAGCGGUGUGGAGGUUCCGCACCAGCCGCCAGGAUGAACGUCGGGGUGGCCCACAGCGAGGUGAAUCCCAACACACGGGUGCUGAACAGCCGUGGCAUCUGGCUGGCCUACGUGAUCUCGGUGGGAGUUCUCCAUAUCAUUCUCCUCAGCAUCCCGUUCUUCAGCAUUCCCGUGGUCUGGACCCUCACUAAUGUUAUACACAACCUGGUGAUGUACUGGUUUCUCCACACUGUGAAAGGGACCCCGUUUGAGACGCCGGACCAGGGCAAGGAUCGCCUGCUCACGCACUGGGAGCAGAUCGACUAUGGGACGCAGUGCACCUCCUCCCGCAAGUUCCUCAGCAUCUCACCAGUGGUUCUUUACCUCCUCACCAGCUUUUAUACCAAAUACGACCCUGCACAUUUUAUAAUCAACACGACGUCCCUCCUCAGCGUCCUCCUCCCCAAGCUGCCCCAGUUCCAUGGCGUGCGCGUCUUUGGCAUCAACAAAUACUAAGAGUCAGUGCUGCCGAGCCGGCUGCGAGGGAAGAGGGGCCCAUCCCAACAAGGAGUAACGAACCCAGCGUGAAGGUGCUGUCCUGACUGUGAACUAGGCCACUGCUUGAGCCACUUGGAGGGAUUAUUUUGCAAGGGGAUUAAGUUACUCUCCCUAAUAAUCAUCGGUAUUUGGGCUUUAUCUUUUGUUUGGGUGGAGAGAGCUGUGAGGAGGGAGGGGGUCUAAGUGUCACACGAGCUACCCUGUUAGCUGUCUACCGCUCAUGUAACUGCGAGAGGGGAGAACUGCUGCCCAGCAGGGGGGAAAUGGCCAGUCUGUGCAUCCUCCCCAUCCUUGUGUUUUAUAAACUUCUACCGUAAUAAAGACGUUUU